AUGGCGCGUACCAAGGAAGAUCUCGUCGCGUCAAAGGGCGAUGCCUCGCCUGAAAUUCCCAAAUCCUCCGCUGGCGUAACCAAGAGCACUGCUGAAGCUCCCGCCAAGCGUGGUCGUGGAAGACCCCCCAAGGGCGCUGCGCCCAUGCCCAAGAAGGUCUACGUUCCCACCGGUCGCCCUCGCGGUCGUCCUCCGGCCUCGGGCGCAAAGAAGGCUGCUGCAGCUGCCAAGAAGGCCAAGGCUGUUACUGCUGCGGCUGCUCGUGCGGCUGCGCAGAAUGACGAUGGUACACCAAAGAAGGGACGUGGUCGACCUCGUAAGGCUGCUGCCGCUGCUGCUACUUCUGAUGAAGAGCCCGCUGCUACAACACCCAAGGAGCCCAAGAAGCGCGGCAGGAAGCCCAAGGCUGUUGAGCCUGAAGUCUCAGGAGACGAGGCUGAUGAUGCUGAGCCUGCCGACGAAGAGAGUGACAAGGAGGCCGCCACCGAGGACACUGCCGAUUCGCCUGGCAAGGACGAGGAUGACGGCGAUGACUAUGAAUAG